AUGAUUUUAAACUCCUUCUUUCCAAAGAAAAUAGAGCAAGAGAUCCUAUAUCUACUAAAUGAAACCAAAGAUCCAUCAGUAAUUAGAGAUAAGCUUACAGAGAAAUUUCCAAAUCCCUGAAUCGUAAUCAAAGGAACAGCUUUUUCUUUUAAUAUAUCAAGAGGACCUAAUAGUGGAGGAGUAUUUGAAACAGAAGAAGAUGGCUAUAGGACAAGGUUUAUUAUAUACUGUCCACCUUUUAAAGAAAGUGCACCUCCAGAAGAGGAAAAACAGCUGAAUAAUCAUCAAGUUUUGUGAACUAUUAAUGUUCAAAAGCCUUUUAAAGACGAAGAAGGCUUCAGUGAUUAUCUAAAGAAAUACAUACAAAGAUUGGAUUGCUCAAAAGGCUCAGAAACUUGUGAUGCUAUUAAAUCAAAACUCCAUUCUUUGAUGCCUAAUUUCUGGCAUGUCAUCGUUGGUGAGGAUUUUACAUGUGUGCUGUCUAAGCCUCCACCUGAAAGUGUUUUUUAUGCUAAAGCUACAAGAGAAGGGAAAAAAAUCGAUAUUGUGGCUUUUAGACAGCAGGGACUUGAAAAACAAAUAAAAGCAGAAUAUAACUGGGACUGGAUUCUAUUUCUUGCUAUGUCUUUAUGCUUAUCUGUAGGAUUAGCAGGGUAUUUUGGCUGUGAUGCUACACAAAAGUCAUGGGUUUGUGAAAACUACCAAAUGCUGCUAUAUACUGCUAUAUCUCUGGCUGUCAUUAAAAUAGCUGGAGAGAGUUUCAAGAUAAAACAGGCAAACCGAAGGCAAAGUUAA